UUUUGAAUUGGAAACUGCUCAGUGUCCUUUUGUGAUUUGUUGAUAUAUUAUGUAUUUCAUUUCGCAAACAUAAGAUUUUGAACUGGACUACAGUUCUUUUUGAACUGGAAAGCAUAUGAAAUAUUUGAGCUUCUUUUUCUAAUCUACUAUCGUUCAAUCUCCUUUAGCAUGUUAGUGCAUUUUAUGGUUCAAUAUGAAUACGACGGUUUAUUUGAUGUCGUUACUUUACGUGCUUGUUUCUGAGAAAAAUUUCACAGAAAUGCCCACAAUCAAAAUAAUAAAAACUACUAACAUUCAUACUUUGUCUUUCAAAAACAUAGACAUUGUUGUUGUUACUGAAGUUAGUGGUAGUCGAUUUUUCCUUGUAAAAUUAUUAGCUUGCGAAAAUGUACUUUCGCUAGCUACACUUGCAGCUGGUGUUGCAGUAUAUUAAGCAGUAUAUCAAGAUCUUAAGAAGUAACGAACUAAAUUCGAUCAGCAAAGUCUACCACCUAAUCUGAGAGUCUCUUUGAGCAUAUCUCAUUCCAACGCUCACUCUUUCAAAAUCUUAUGUUUGCGAAAUGAAAUACAUAAUAUAUCAACAAAUUACAAAAGGACACUGAGUAGUUUCCAAUUCAAAAAGAACUGUAGUUCCCAUUCGCGAAACCAGAACUGGUGAACCGUUCCAAGUUUCUAGAAACGUGAACUGCUGAACCGUUCCUCGGUUUUAGACACGUCAACUGCUGAACCGUUCCUAGUUCAGAACGGAAACUGAAAAACCGUUCCCGUUUAUUGAACGGCAACUGAAAAGCAGUUCCCGUUCAAAGAACGAGAACCGCCUGCUGUCACAGACCUAGUGUGGACUACUCCAGAUCAAACUACUCCUAAAUGCAAUAAAUGCUUGAUUUUGAUAUUUUGACUUUAGAAAAAGACUCUCGAAGGGUUUUUUACGCGUUUCGCUAAGAAAAUGCAAUGUUUGUAAAGAAAAAAGCAAGAAUUUAUUACUCUAGUCUGCACUGCUAUAGUCCACAUUACUGCAGUUUGGACUAGUCCAGUUUGCACUAGAACAUUUUGGACUAAUGAACUUUGCACUAUAACCUUGAUUUCAUCGCAGCCGUUUCAUGUAACGUGUGACGAAAGUGCCGAUCUGUCUAAAAGACCAGUCACUUUCGUUGCAUAACGGGUUAACUUUCGUAACCACUAUUCAAACAUGGUUAAACUUUCGUCACAUGCCGAGAAAAUUUUUAUCACUGAAAACAGAACUUUCGUCACAUGACGAAAGUUCAGCAUUACCCGAUGACGAAAGUGCUGUGAAACUAUUUUUCAAUUUUCAAAAUGUUUUAAGAAAAAUUUUACUUUGUACUCUGUCGAUUUCAAUAAUAGAAAAUAAAAACCAUUUUUUUUUCUUAAGCUUUUAUAAAUCAUGUGAAUAACAAUGAUAUCCAGCAAUAUCCGACAUAUCAACGUUUAUCAUCAUCAACAGAUUUAAUAAUGAAUCAUUUUAAUUCAUUAGAAUUAUCUUCAAAAUUAUACUCGGAUAAGAUAAUUACCGUUGUCUAUUGUCAAACAAUAUUUAAUAAUGAUAUAAAUUAUUGGAAUGAACUUAUUAAUAUUCUAAAUAAGAAAAACUUAAUAAUAAAAUCUGUUUUACUCGGUUUAGGAUGUGCAAAAUCCAUUGAACAAAUAAAUAAUUAUUUAGAUCAAUAUUGUUUACAACCGUCUUCAUCGACAAUUGCUGCAUGGACAUGUUUAAAAAUAAUUAUGAAUACACCCAAUGGACUUGAUAUUGCUAUUGAACGAUUUAAAAAAUUAUGGCCAAUAUUAGAAAAACAAGUAGAUUUAAAUUAUGAAUUGAUAGAAUUUUUUUUACAGAUCAAUUUAAAAGAACAUAAAAAUAAUAUUCGAUAUUGGUUAAAUAAUAGUAGUACAAAUAACAAUGAAAUAAUACCGUAUAAAUACAAAAAUUUAAUUUUAGAUAUAUUGAUAUGGAAUGAUUUGUGGUCAGAAAAAAAUUUAGACGAAUUAAAUCGUUGGUUUGACGAAGAAAUACAACGUAAUUAA